CUUUAUUAGGCAUGCCUGCCAACUUCCUGGUUAGAACUUAUUAUUUGAGAGAGAAAGAGUGAAAGUCAGUAGGUCCAAAGUGUAACUCCGUCUAUCUACAACUCAAAUAAAGUUAUUCUCUGUAUACCUGAUCUGCAGUUUGGGCACCGAUCAUGUCUCGUAUAAAGAACGCAACACCAGAGCAUUACUUUGAGGAAUACCUUUACAAGAAGGAUGUAAACGAUAAGGUAAGAAAGCCCUGUUUGCCAAUUCUGUUUUAUUUUAAAUUUGUUAUUUAACAUUGACAUAUGUAAAAGAUAUGGUUUUGACAAUGAGACGGAUAGAUAAAGUUUCAUUGCGUAUUACGUACGGUAUUUGGCGUUAGUAUGUGACAGGUAUAAAACAUUACAGUGACAUGUCGUUUGACAAAAUUAACUGUAUGACAAUUCUGGUUUUAUCCUCCACUUAACCUUCUCUCGCUAUUACGGAGUCUGUUCUGUUAACUCACACCGUCUUAAUUACAAAUGUCUUAAUUUUAGCAAAUCGAACGAGUCGGAUAAUAUGAUCAGAACAAGAAAAUUUGGCUCAUAUUUUGCCAUUUGGAUUUUAAUUUGCUACAUUUUCCCUAUUAGUGAACUACCCUGUUAAUUCACCACGCCAUUGUCGAACAUACUGUAACAUAUUCCUGAUUUUGAUAUGGAUAUGAAUUUUCCGAACUGCACAUCACAUUUGCUUUUAAAAUUCUUUGAAAUCUCACCCAGAACUUGAGUGAAUAUCUGACUGUUUGCAAAUAAUAAAUGUGGAAAUCGUUACGUGGGCUAAUUCUAGUGGCGCCUUGAUGUCUCAGUAAUACCAGCUGACAGUGAAAUGUGCCAGUUAGUGUAUGUUUUGGCAGCCAAAUAACAUUCUGUGUAUUACCUGUUACGGUGUAUUUUUUGUUAUACAAGGAAAAGAAAAACCACCGAUGAGUGGAUGUCAGGUAUUUUUUUUCAGGGAUUUCCAUGGGAAUUCCCAUGAAUAAUAAAAAAAAGCUGUUAUUGUUUGCAUUUGUUGCCUUUUUGCUGGGAAAUUUUUACCAUCCCUUCUUCUCAUCAUCACAAUAUUUUUCAAGGCUUUUUCUUUUUUUUCCUUCAUUUUGUUUUUGCAUUCUCUCUCUUUAAUACAGCUGUUUUUUUUUUCAGGUUUAUAAGAAGACUUGGGUCGGGCUCCUUGGAAAUUGUCUUUGCUUCUACUCUAACCAUAAGGAUUUGAGGGUAAAACACGUUUUAUUUUUAUUUAAUUUGGCGUGUUGAGGUUGGUAGAAACAGUCCGUAUCUAAGGGCAUAGUCCAGAUUCAGGACCCGUGUACCAAAAUUCUUGGUCGCCCCAAGCCACUGUAAUACAUUUUUGCCCGUGCAUUAAUGCUUCUUUGGUGCUCUGUCUAUGUCCAGGCCCGUUGUCCUGCUGGCAAUGUUGACUGCCAGUACGGCGCUCGCAUGCACCUGACUAGCAUGCCACCUUCUAAGAUGUAUUAUUAUCCAUUCUUAUUAAUGCUAUUAAUUAUUAUUUAAUGAAAAGUCAUUAUGAAUUUAAAUAUUAUGUGCUUUUCAGGUAAAUUCUUAGCUUGAACACACAAAAAAAAGGUUAUAGGUUUCAUAGUAUUAAUUAUGCACAUAUUAAAAAAGCAUCAAACGUACAAAUUAUUUUCUCAAUAUCUGUAUUAAAAUCAUUUUUUUUUUACCAACUUUUUGAGGCACAUUUUAAAAUAUUUUUAAAUUGGGUUUAUCGACUGCUUUGGGAUCAGCAACUAUAUCAAAUUACACCCCUGGUCUUGAUAAUAGGGCAAAGAUCCCCUCUGUGGCUGCUUCAAUAAGAUCACCCCAUUUAUGUUUAGUCACCUAGCUGUGAUUUACAGUGUGGUGUGAAAAAUAAACAAGUUGGGACUCUGACCGAACAACAUUUUAUAGAAAGGUCUACUAGACUGAUUUAGUUUUUUUUUUUUAAAAUCAUUUGAAGUUUAUUGAUAAAUAAUCCAUAAACAGAUAGCUUCGUAGGAGUAACAACGAAAUGGAACAGGAAAACUUUAGUAUUACCUGCAAGCCAUGGCAAUAUGUUAAGUCUGUCAUAGGCAUAUCAAAGCAGUAAUAUAUCAAAUAAGCAAAUAAGACUUUGGCAUUUCAGCAAUAGGUGAGUCUACGUACAACACUGGCGUGUAAGAUAAGAACAGAAGGAGAGAGGGAGCAAGAAGUAAGGAGGAGAGUUGGAGAUGGGGGGGGUUACUCGGCUGGAUAUUAAGCAAUUUACAAUUGGAUCCCUUGGAAACCAACGGCAGUAACUCUAUAGCUGAAAAUGACGAAUGAAACCCAUGAUAGUCCUAGUCCUGCAUUCAUGGCGUUCCUGAUGGGAGUUUGUAAGAUUGGUUUACCAUCACCUUUUUACUUUUUCCUAUCCCACUACCAUUUUCUAUUCUGCCUUAAUGUUAUGACACCUUCUUAUUUAUUUAUCCAUCACUCUAUGCUUUUUCUCCUUUUUUUUUCUAGUCCAUCCCCUAUUUCCAAUUUGAUUAAUUUUAAGACCCUCUGUAUUUCUCUGUACGCAGGGAAUGGGAAGAGGAUGAGACACCCAAACCCGUAGGCAGGGCUGAGCAAACAGUAAAUUCCCAGAUGUUCUAGAACCUCGACUGUGACGAUGCCUUACCAGCCUAUAGAAUGGCAAUGCAUCAUGGAAGUUGCAGUUUUAUAACAUCUGGAGCGCUACCAUCUGUCCAGUCCUACUAGAAUAUAGAGGGUGCUGUGCAGUAGUGCCCGUCCAGGUGGAAUAAUAUUGUAAAAGGGCAGAAAUAUACCUACAGACUCUUCUAUUUUUCAUUGUCUUCCCAUUCUUCCCCACCCACCCGUGGUAUGUAUCUUUUUUUUCUCAUCUUAAAAUCUCUUCCACUUUUCCGUUACCCAUUCCUUUUUAGCCCCACUUUCUUUAUUUACCUUAAAACCUCUUCUUCUUCUCUGUAAUCCAUUCUUCCCUCGAGCCCCUUGUAUCUCUCCAAUCAACACUACUACAAUUCUUAAUUCUUUAACUAGCCUUCUACCUCUCUCCAACACUUUCAUGCUUUUUUACCUUCUUUCUCUAAUUGCAGCUUUUCUUUCUCUCCACCGCAAUACCAGUAUUGUUUUAUUCUUUCUCUUUAGCACUUGUCCUUCCAUACAUUUAACUCUGCGCCAACUGGGUUUUUUAUACAGUGCGUUCUCUUUCUCCAUACUCCUUCUUACAUGUAAUUUUCUGGAAAGGCUAAAAAUCAUAAGAAGUAAAACCCACACAUAUCUAUAAGAAUAAACAUAUAUAGCCAUCUGCUAGACCAGCGUUGGCUAACCUUAUUCACAUGAUAUGUUUCUAAAAAUACAUUUUAUACUUGACCUUCUAGCAAUUUUCCAUUAUUCCCAACCAGCCUUCAUAGUUCAUAAAACCCACAGUGCCUAAGUACUUGAUUGUUUAUUUAUUUUGCUUGAAAGUGCUUGCCUGCUGGUUGGACAUUCUUGAGGCUAACUGGUGAAGAGAAUUAUGUGAAAAAAAAUACAAAACCCAUUCUGUUUGUUCAAUUUUGGCCUGAGGGCCUCUUAGUUGAUACUUCAUUAGAGAAGCCAUUUGAAGGUCACAUCUAGUUAGAAGCAUGGUUGACCUCAAUAAGGGAUUUAUGGCUCAGCAAACUGCAUAACGGUAAGGGAAAAGGUGCAGUUUGAUCUACUGUCCUUACUCCAUGCCUUUCUACUGGUACUUGUGGUACUUACAUUUAAAUGGACUCAAGGAAGAGUUGGGAAAAGUUUAGGCCUGACACAGCAUGUCCUACAUAGCAAGUAGGUUGGAAACUGCUAAAGCAAUGGUAGGCAACCUUUUGCACUCCAGAUGUUGUGGACUACACAAGAUUUGAAAGGAGAUAGAUUUAAUUUGUUUAAGAAAUGAAGUAUAUAUAUAUAAAAAAAGAGAAAAACUCAUGCCUACCUUCAGUAUAUGACAGGAACAUUCACCCAUAAACAUGCACCUUGGGUCGGACAGUGUUUUAAAGCCGACAGUUAGUCUCUAUGGUCUUCCCUGCUUCACUUCCUGCCUAGAAGUAGGGAAGACCAUAGAGACUAUCUGUCGGUUUUCAAACGCUCUUCAUGUAUAUGGCUGAAGGCUCUUGUCAUAUAAUAAUGGUAGGGAUGACUUUUUUUAGUAUUUGUAUUAUUUUUUUGGUUCAUUAAAAAAAAUAUAUAAAAUUAUAUAUAUUUCCUGUCAAAACUUGAUGAAAGGAGUAUUAUAUAAAAAUAGUUUUGAAGUAACAGUUGUCUUAAGUUGUAUUAGUGCCUAGAAUGUCUUGACUGCGCAUGUACAAAUAAUUCUGAAGUCUAGAUCCACUGAGGGUAUGCUAUAAAUCACCCUCAACUGAAAAAUUUACAGCAACCCAAAAGCUUUAUUUUUCUUCCAUAAAAACUUCAGCCUGGCUUAUAAGAGUAAACCCAGGACAACUAUAGGAAAUGACUAACUCAUUUUGAGUGCUCCCUUAUAGGCCAUACUGAGAUUUAAGGUGAUAAUGGUGACAGUACAGAGAACUGCCGCCGGCUUUAAUCUAGAUAGCACUUCAGGUCAAAGCUCAUAUUAAAAAGGGGAAGUAAUGAGAAGUAACAUCCUGUUGUCCAAAAAGUUACUACUUUGGAGCAAGUUCUAAAUUGUUGUCUGCAGCAACUAGGAUAAUAUAUAAACAAUGAGAUGGCUUUCAAAGAGCUAUAAACAGUAUAAAUAAUACUUAAUAAAUUGUAGGUAAACAGAAAAAAAGAUUUCACUGGACUUAAUGAACAGUUUGGUAGGUACCUUGACAGAAAACCUUCUUCUAUUGAUCAGUUUAAAAGUAAUGGCACAUUUUAAUAACUAACGUAAAGUUUGGCAUUAGUUGUUUUUUUUUUGUUUGUUUGUUUGUUUUUCUUAAUUUUUAGGUAGCUUUCUUUUCUGUAUGUGUAUUUGCAAAGAACACAAUGCUGGUAUAGUCUGGCACCCAAUGCAAAUGUAACAAUCCCAUGAUUCUCUGCAACAAGCCUGUGAAUGCACAUGUAUAACUAGUUAGUGGUGGGAAAAUCAUGCCAUGUGUGGGACACCUUUGGAAGACGGCAACAUAAAACACGCCUCCUCCCAGUUUCCAUUUUAAUUGUUUUUACAAAGAUGAGACAAAGUCGGACUAUCACCAACACAAUCUGUACGUUCUGAAAAUUCUAAGCUCCAGUGGCACCUUUAUUAUUUGCUAGGUCUGGUCUUAGAUCCCCCAUUAGCCAAUUAACAUUGUGAUCCAUCUUGUUAAAAUGUUUUCGAGUAAAUUUUAUAAUUCUGACAUUUAUAAGUCCUUCUUUGAUUUUAUUUUUGUGAAAUUCCCCUUUCCACAAUAUGUCAUACUAAAAUUUAGCAGAGAUAUUGGUUGUGGUGCUAAGAGUAACCCUGUCUUUUGCUCCAUGCAGUGCGUGGACAGUCUCAGUUUGGAAAACUUUAUAUGUUUUAAGGAGCCGACUACUUCGCCUUCCGAAUACCUCUUCUCAUUAUGCAUGACAGGUCGGGAGGUACAGUUCAAGGUGAGUAAAAUUAGUUCAGAGCUAUUACUAUUUAUAGAAGACCAGGAAUACCUCUAGCACUGUACAGUAAACAUAUAUCAGCAAUCUAAAACUAAAACAAUUCAGAUGACUAAAACUAAAAUGGCUUUUUAGUCAAAAGACUAUGACUAAAACUAAAUUGAAAUUGUCGACAAAAUUAACACUGCACAGAGGGGCUGGGGAAGGGGCAAAAGAGACAUUCCAGAGCUUAGGAGAGAGAUACCUAGAGGGGCUGGGAGGACACAAAGAGACACAGAGGGUCUGGGGAAGGGGCAAAAGAGACAGGCCAGAGCUUAGGAGAGAGACACAUAGAGGGGCUGGGAGGACACAAAGAGACACAGAGGGGCUGGGGAAGGGGCAAAAGAGACAGGCCAGAGCUUAGGAGAGAGACACAUAGAGGGGCUGGGAGGACACAAAGAGACACAGAGGGUCUGGGGAAGGGGCAAAAGAGACAGGCCAGAGCUUAGGAGAGAGACACAUAGAGGGGCUGGGAGGACACAAAGAGACACAGAGGGGCUGGGAAAGGGGCAAAAGAGACAGGCCAGAGCUUAGAAGAGAGACACAUAGAGGGGCUGGGAGGACACAAAGAGACACAGAGGGGCUGGGGAACGGGCAAAAGAGACACAUAUAGGCUUUAAACCUAAACUAAACCUAGACUAAAACUAAAACAAUUCAGAUGACUAAAAUACGACUAAAAUUAAAAAGGCUUUCUAGUUGAAGGCUAUGACUAAAACAAAAGUGAAAUUUGCCACCAAAAUUAACACUGGGCAUUAUGAAUACAAGUGUGUGUUUUCCUAAGGCUGUAGUUCCCUGGUGGUCGUUUAGGUGUCCUGCCUUCACCUGCAAGGAUUAGAAAAGGUAUUUUACUUACAUUUCUCCCUUGCAGUGCGGUUCUUGUGACUUAGAAAUUUAGGUCAUUAUCUGAUGGCCACACUGAAUUAUGCAAAACUAUGAAAAUAUAAAAUGAUCAUAAAUAUUCUUUAUAAUGGCACUAUAUAAAUUAUGAUAAUGAUGAUGAUAAUACUUAACACACACUAUUAUAUGUGCUGUUACAGACAGACUCCUUGGAGAGUCGGGAGAUGUGGCGGGCUUAUAUCAUCACCGUGGCAGAGGUAAUUUUGAAAAAAGUUCUUGUUUUGUCGUCAAGACUAAUUUGAUCAGUGUCUUCCCUUCACUCAGCUUAAACCAAUUGACCAUUAUGUUUGAGGUUAAAUUGUAUCUAACAUGUCUCGCUAUCCUUUUCCAGUUUCAGUCCCAGAAAUUACUGUUCAUAUUAUUAUUCUAAAUUUGCAAAUUCUUAGACGUAGAGAAAUUGUGAAAACAUUAUUUGCAUUCUAUUUUCACAGCUUAAUAUUCCUCAGUCUGUGACUCUGCUCCCAGGACCCCUUCUUUCCCUAAGGGAAGCUCUUGAGAAGGAAAAGCUGAGAAGGUCACAGGAAGAUGUAGAGGAGAUGCCCAGGUGAGAAUGUGACAGAUCGGAGAAGGUUGGCAUAUCCGCCAUGUUUUCCAAGACCUACAAAAUUUCAUGUUAAUGCAUGAAAAGUGCCGCCCUGCCAUAUGCAUUAUGUUUAUGCUGCAAGAUUCUUUAAUGACUAACUACUUCAUUUGAUACAGCAGCUUCUGAAUGCUAUAUAGCACACGGCAACACUUUUCAUGUGCAGGCCAUCGAUCUGUUGAAGUGACAUGCAUUGUUGGAAAACAUGGUGGAUAUAGCAAUAUUAAUUGUGGUAACAUAUCCCCCAACAUUGGCAUCCUCAGGACGCAAUGGGAGGUGGGUAUAGGGCCAGUGGCUCUGGACAAAAGUGGGCGGAUCCAUGAGGAAAAGGGGUGGGUCCACAAAAAUGAUUGGCAGAUCAGUGGCCAAUCAAGCAGGCCAGCCCACUGUGGGCAGGACUUGAAGGGAGCAAUUUUACAGUGUUCUCUGCAGGGUCCUAGUGCCCUGAGCGUAGCAUGAGUGCUUCUAAUGGUGCACCACACUUUUUGGGGAUAGUUGGGAUGGCAGGACAAGAACAGAAAAUCGUGACUGUCUUGCCGAAACUGAGAUGGUUGGGAUGAAUGUGCUAGCAAGAGAAAAUGAGAUGAGCCCUCACACUAUCAGGUUAGUCACUAAUGUGAGAAUUCAAAGUGAAUUUCAUAUUAAAAGUAAAAAUAGCCGAACUUGAAACAUUUUCAGCUAUGUUUCCAUUUCAGCUACUUUGGCCUUCAUUUUAAAAUUCACUUUGAAUUCUCACUUUAGUGAAUAACUGGGUUAAUCCUCAUAAGAAUGUCCCCAUUAACAAAUCACCAAUCGUUGUCUACUGUCUACAUCAGGGUUAGAGUAGUUCUGUGCUGAAACAAGAUCUUGCCGGUCAUAUUAUUUUUAAAUUGAGAUGUUCCCGUAUUCUGCUUGUGUUAUUUAAAGGUGCCCCAGUUGCUUUGCAAUGUUGCAUUUGUGAGUAUGUGGGUUAUAUUGUGUAUGUUUGUGGUAUUGUGUAUGAUACCUAUGAAUGUGGGCUAUGUAUGGGGGCUGCUUGUGGUAUUGUGUAUGGAUAAUAUGUCACUUUGUGUUGUUGUGGUGGUGUGCAUGUGAGAGGCUGCUUGUGGGAGAUCUUGUCUGCAACUCUGUGGGGUCCAGUGGGGACUGGGCUGGCCAGACACAAGUCAAGGGCAGGAGCUCUGAUCUCCCUACUCCAGUGCAAAUUCCCUUUUACAAAUGCUGGGAGGAAAUGAACUGACAUCACUUUCUCGGAGUGCUGCAAUGCGUAAAUUGAGGAAUCAUCCUUAACCACCUGCAAUCACCACUCGAUUCUCACCAGCAGAUAUCUGAAGUGUCUCUGGGUUUCCUGAUUGGCCAGAGCCUGUUUGACUCUGGCAGCCUUGAGUGCCGUGCAAAGACACCUCAAGCGCUAUGCAUGCACCCGUGCCAUAGGUUACUGGCCCUGGUCUGCAUAGUUAUUUUUCACGUUUGCCCCAUCUUAUUAUGACUUUACUUGUUGAUUCUAUACUGCCCUCUAUCCUCAUAUAUUUUGCACUUGCAUCCUAUUUAAUUAUUUACACCACGUAUUGCUUGAUUCACAGCUGUUUUCAUAAUGUGUCACGGUCCGAAGCAGAGACCCUACUGAAGCAAUUUCCAGACUGCGGAAGCCUGUUACUGCGCCCCGGAGGAAGUCCACAAACUGUUUCUGUUACCACUUGCCAGCGGAAUGUUGGGUAAUUAUACAGCAGAGAAUUCAGGGAUUGUAUGGUUAAAGGGACACUCCUUAUCGGUUGCAAUACUAUAUCCGCCAUUUUUUCUGGGACACAUAUCAUUUGUACAAAUUGAUGGGUAACAUACAGAAAGUGCUGCCCUAUAUUAUGUAAAAGUCAAAUGCUGCAGGUAGUAAAUCAGGUGAUAAGUCAAUCAGAAAUCCUGCAGCAUAUGCAUUGUCCAUAAUGCAGGGCAGCAUUACAAAAGUUAUGUGUGUCCAGGAAAGCAUAGUGGACAUACCACUGUUGGAAAAGCCAGACUCAUUGCUUAUGGAGAGAGAGUUAUAUAGAUGUGACAACCCACAGCAGAGGGGGUCUGAGAAUUACCCAUAACCUUAACCUCAUCUUCCCCCAGAUAUUGAUGACCUAUAGCCCUACAGUGCCCCCCUCCCUCGAGGAAUUCAGUGUUUUGUCAGUUGUAGGUUUCAGCCAAGAGAACCUUUCUAUUUUGCGAGAACCUUCUAUUUGCCUCUUGAAUUUGUGACACUUUUGGGUGAAGGUGACCUUGACAGACAUUGGGUCUUAUUACUACCUGCUUAACAUUGUAACUAACACUAUAUAUACAGCCAUAUGGAAUGUGUCAUGUGUACCACUGAAUCAUGAUUGUGUUUGUUUUCAUUACAGAAGCUUUGUCUUGAAACAUUAUAGAGUCACUCAGGAGCAAAACAAAUAUGUGAUCCAAGUGGAACCACCGGUAAGUAUUUUCAAUAUAGAGAAUCGUCAUAAUAAGGCCAAGGAGUGUGAGCAUAAAUUCUGCAAUAUUCUGCAUGUUUUUUUGUACAAAAAAAUUGAAGGGGAGGUAACUAUUCUCUUGACACAAUUUUCAUUACUAAUUCCAUGUCUCCUUCGUGAAAUGUUACAAAUGCAAUGUAUGGUACUCAUUAAAAAGAAAAUGUAUAUAUAUAUAUGUUCAUGGGAAAAAGAAAGUACACCCUGUUUGAAUUCUAUGGUUUUACAUAUCAGGAUAUAAUAACAAUCAUAUGUUCCUUAGCAGCUCUUAAAAUUAUGUAAAUACAAUCUCUGAUGAACAACAACACAUGACAUAUUAUACGUUUCAUGAUUUAUUUAACAAAAAUAAAGCCAAAAUGGAGAAGCCAUGUGGUUGCAGUUACCUAAUUUUAAGACCGGCUAAGGAUCAGAUGAUUGUUAUUAUGUCCUGAUAUGUAAAACCAUAGAACUCAAAAAGGGUGUAUGUUCUUUUUCCAUGACUAUGUAUAUAUAUUGCUUAUACAUUCUGUAUUAUCAAACAUCUAAAGAAGGGGUGUUAAAUGAGGGCCAGGGUGAGCCCCAUUUUUUGUCAAAGUUGGCUCUAUUUCUGUAAAAGUUUUGUGUACAUUUAUGUCAUGAUGUACAUUUUCUACUAUCUUACUUGAAUAUUAUUUUAUCUUGUGUUCUUGCAGGUUACUUGUCCUUCGCUUGCUCAGGUUGUCAAUCAUUUUAGGAAAACCACAAAAAAUCUGUUGAUCCCUUUUGAGAAAGCCAAUGAAUAUGAGAACAAAAUCGGUAUGUAUCUGUAUACCCGCUCUGUGGCUGAAUCUUGGUUUAAAAAAAGUACAUGUAACAAGUCCUAAGGCAGGGGUGCUUAAUAGGUAGAACCCCAGAUGUUGUAGGACUACAACGUCCAUGAUGCUUUGCAUGUCUCUAGAAUGACAACACAUCAUGGAAUGGAAGCUGUAGUUUCAAAACAUCUGGGGACCGACCUUUUGGGCCCCCCUGUGCUAGGGUAUUUACCAUAAUUUUCCCUGCUGGUGGUAGAAUGUGCUGCUGUACAUAUUUUUGCCUAUUUUUUUAUUUUAUUUUUUUUAGCAUUUUCUGCUAGAAGCCCAUUGGUGGGUUGUCUCACUCCACUGGAGCCUGUUUUGUAACCUCUGCAAAGUUAAAUGUAGAUGUCAGCUACCAUAACAGUUUAUUAUACUGGUCAUGCAGGCCCCUCAACUGUCCGGAUUUAGAAGGGACACCCCAGAUUUUUGGGGUCUUGUUUUGCCAUCCUAGUUUUGUUUCUUGGUGUACAGGAAACUCUCUCAAAAAGGACAGAACUAUAUAUUACACAUACAAAGAAACUAGUCCUGCGCUCAAACUCCCAUUACUCCUGGGCGGCAGCAAUGUAUAUUAUAGACAUGCUUGUACUGUACCGAGGGCUGAUGGUCUGCCCCAAGUGAUGCAAGUUGGAAUGAUGACAGUCAGCAUGGCGUGCAUUGAUGGCACACUGACAUGUCCUUCCUGUCGGUGGCCCCACCCUAAUUUUGCAUAGCUAGUGACGCAAAUUGCCACACCUGUCCCCAUUGCAUAAAUCUUAGUUUUGGGUGGUAUGGUUACAUCAAAUGGAAGCUCUGGUUGAACUCCCUCCAGGUUGUGUUACUAUGGUUACACCAACAGGAUUUACGGCGAUUCAGGGCCGCAUACUCAUAAUGUACAGCCUCUCUUUCUGUCUAUACAAAUAUUUUUGAAGAAUGAUGAGUAAAUUAACUUCUCUUUUUGACUACAGCAAAUUGGUUGUUUGGGAAGCCCUGGUUAAAAUUCUGGACUUACUUCUGUAUUUUUCCCUGUACUGUGUUAUGUUUCCUAUCCUUUUAAUCAGGUACUAUAUUUAACGAUAAUGGGCCCUGUUACUCCUGAGGAUUUAUAUGUAUAUUAAGAUUUGAACUUAAUCUGUUUUAGGUUUGUUAGAACACCAGACUUAACAAUAAAAAUAUACACAUAUUAAUAUUAUUUUUUUGGCAUACUGCAGGAGUUCUUGAAGUAGACGGUGAAGAUGGAGUAGCCACAGUCCGAUAUCCAACAGAAACAUCAGGUUGGCAUCAUUAUGUUCCUUUCUGUCUGUCUGCCUGUCUAACUAGACACACACUAUAAUGUGCCACUAAAUCAUGUUUGUCAUGACAGGCACACUUUAACACUUUUAAGAAAAUACAUUUAAUUUCAAUAGCAGAAAUGAUUAUUUCCAGUAAAUAUAUAAAUCUGUCGUAAUUCAGCUGUUAAAUGCAAUAACAAUGCUAAAUAUAUUCAGCAGAAACAUCGAUAUAUGACUAAACUUUAUAAAUUUGACUGUUUCUUUUUUUUCUUUUACAAAAUGGCGUGUGGGCAUAUUACCAUAAUGGUGUACUAAGGCUUAAAUACGAUGACAAUAUAAUACAGUAGGUUUAAAGGAACUGUUGGUCCUCUAAUAGGGUGAGUGGCUAAAAUGUGUUUAGCCAAGAUGGUCAUAUUUUAGCAAAAUAUAAUUUGUCGCUCCAUUUUCUGAAUGGGGUAACACUAUGAGUAAAUGUGGAUUUACCACACAAAACGAGUUAGAUGGUGUAGGUGUCCAUGAUGGAGAGUGGUCUCCUGACUUUGCAUUUUUAACAUGUUACAAUAAAGUCUUCUAUUGAAUGUAUUUAAUAAAUACCCACAUUGGUUGGAUGCACAGAGGGAAGCAUUUGACAACUCCCUAAUGAGGAGGUCACAACAUUUUAUUGGGAGACAUAAUUCUUCUUAUACUGGCAGAUGUUUUAUAGCGGUUAUGAUGAACGAUAUUAAGAUUUAACUUAAAGGACCACUAUAGUGCCAGGAAAACAAACUCGUUUUUCUAGCACUGUAGGGUCUUUAAGUUGCCCCCCACCCUCAGGGUACCUCUACCGCUGGGCUGAAGUGGUUAAACGCUUACCUUUCUCCAGCGCCAGGCAACUCUCCUCCCUCUUCCGACUUCAGCGCUGAAUGCACAUUCAAUCAGUCCAUAGGAAAGCAUUUCUCAAUGCAUUCCUAUGGAUGUCAGCGUCUUCUCACUGUGAUUAUCACAGUGAAAAACGCAGGAGUGCCUGUAGCGGCUGUCAAUGAGACAGCCACUAGAGGCUGGAUUAACCAUAUUGUAAACAUAGUAGUUUCUCUGAGAACUAAACUGCUAUGUUUACAGCUGCAGAGUUAACACUAGAUGGACCUGGCACCCAGACCACUUCAUGGAGCUGAAGUGGUCUGGGUGCCUAUAGUGGUCCUUUAAAUUCAGUCACUUGUAUUCAAGUUGGUCUAACUUAAAACAUUUUCCUCAACAAUUGCAAAUCUAUGGAUGUUUUGAGUUAAUGCUGUGUUUUCAUUUCUAAUGUCUACAUAAUGACAAGCAAUAUCUACAUUUGUUGAAGAUUCAUAUUCUCUGCAGUUUGGUAUCUGGCCUGAACCAAUAUAUAUCUUUAACAAUGCGUCUGUCCAUUAUCAGGUACCACUCGGAUAUCGAACAAGGGCAAUGUUCCUCCUCCCCUUCCACGUGAACCCAUACCUCAAGAAACGUAUGAGAAUCCAAAUGAUGGGUAUACAGCACAGGAAAUGAUUAGACAAGGUAAUCUAGUUAACUAGAGUUAAAGACACACACAAUAAUUUUACUUCAAAGAGAUUUCUUAAUAUUUAACAGGUUACUCAAAGCAUCCUAACCACGACAGCCUGCUCCAAGGCUCCAUGCUUGUCAGCUGACGUGCUUCCGGUUUCUGCAGAGAUGCAGAAGACAAUCCAGUCACCAUUCACUGGCUGAUCGUUCUGACGCAAUGAAUGGCACACUGUAUAAAAAAAUAUGCAUAGAAUUGACAUUAGCCAGCCCGGAACUCUAGACACAGGCUGGCUAAUGAUGCUCCUAUGACACUUCAUAUAAAGUCCAGAAACCAUGACUACUUUAAAUCACUGAUGUGGCCAUGGUGCUCCGAGUAACACUUUAACGUGGUCUCUAUGAAAGUGAACAAAAGCAAAUACUGUCAGGGUUACUUAAUUCAAAGUGAAUUUCAAAUGUAAGGCCAGAGUAGCCAUCUGAAAGCAUAGCUAACUUGAUUUUUGUUUAAAUCCAGUUUGGUUAAUUUUGAUCUCAAAAUUGAAAUUCACUUCGAAUACUCACUUUAGCAUAUAUUCCCAUGUAAUAGCUUUUGGGCCAUUUGUGAAUUGUUUUAAAUCACACGUUGUUAGCUUUAUCAGACAUGCAUUUGGUUUUGUGUUUUUUCUCCAAUACACAAUAUUUUCUUGUUUUGUAAGCUGCAUUGCUAUCUACUUUCUCUCCCUUAGCCCCUGAAAUGACCACAAGGAGAGUUCAUAUCCCUCUCCAACCUGUCAACAAAUACAAAGGUAAGAAGAUCACAGUCCAAAACAAACAACCACAUACACACCUUGCAAACGAAUCUAAUUAGGCAACAAAAUAUGAAAGUUUGAAGGGAACCUGUAGCCACCUACCUUGGUUUCCGCUCCCCUACCGCCAUCACAUUAGAGAGGUCCACCCCUGCUCCACCUCUAAGCUUACUAAUACCUUCUAUGAAAAUGGCAAUAAAUGUGGCAAGCCGUCGGUGUGCUCUUUGACCAAACAUUGAAAAGUAUACUCAAGACACACAUUGCAGUAAUACCGAAGAAGUGAUGAGAAUGCCUUAGUGUGUACGAGCUGUAGACUAAUCUCACUUAGGAGCACGAACUGAACCAUUGUGAAUAUCACAUGACUGGGUAGGACAGGUGUCUUGAAGAUGAAUGUUCUUCUCAGACGUCCAUAGCUCAAACUCUUAUCUUUGGAUUCUGUUCCUUUAUUAUUUAGGAACAAUAAUUCCUAGCUUAUAAUAGCUUCGCUAAACCAAACAAGACAGGGUUUGAAGCCCUUGUAACUCAAUGUAUUAACGUACAUUCCAUUUUUAAAGCAUUGUGAAGUGGAACAUCAAGACAAAGCACAAACUAGAGGAGGGGUAGGCAACCUUCUGCACUUCAGAUGUGUUGGACUACAUUUCCCCUGAUGCUUUGCCGCCAUUACAACUGUAAGGGCAUUAUGGGAGAUGUAGUGCAUAACAUCUGGUGUCGAAAGUUGUCUACCCCUGAAGAUUUAGAACUUGAUCUGGUCGGUAACUAAAUCCCAAUCCUUAUCUCGUAACCUAUUUGCCUUCCGGGUCAAUAACAUAUUAGUUAAACAUAGAAAUAUAAUUCACAAACAUCUGCAGAUGUAAGAUUAAUCAUUAUUACAUUUUACAAAGUUAAUUAUAAUUACUAGGGACCACAUUUCUCUGGAUGCUUAGUAGCUGCGUUAUAUAGGUGCAAUAUAUAUAAGUGAACUUAAAAAAGUGGUGAGGGAAUUUAUUUAGCUACAUCUACAAGGGCAUCAAAAGUUACUAAUCCUUCUCUCAUCUAAGUAGUUUUAGUUUCUACAACACACAAAAAACUGUCAGCGUUAAUGUAAGAAAACGUGAUUUACCUAUUGAUGUUAUUACCUGGUAAACUGUGAAGUUAAAUUAUUAAACAUGUUUUGUUCUUUUACUAGGACCUGAAGGGGCAAGGCAUGGAGCACCCAGCUUAAACUCAGGUAAAUAUCUCUACACAUUUCACACCCUAUGUGUUAUUCUGAUGACUGUCCUCAACUGAACUGAUAUUUGUACCUUUUUUCAUUCUGCCCAAAUAUCUUCUCAUUACUUGUCCUAUCUCCUCUGAUUCUGCAAUCACAGCAACUACACUUCAACUGUACCAUACAUACCUCAUUUUUUAUAAACCUUACCAGUAAAAUCCACCCAACAUCAAUCUUAAAUUAGGAAAGUUAAAGAGAAAGUCAGGGCAUGUAAGAUUCUGGGAUGUGUUUAAUAAAUCACCAUACAAACAAGGAUUUAGAUUUUUUUUUUUUUGUAGAAUAUGUAUAGUGCCUUUAUCCUAUCUGUGUAAGGUUAAUUAUCGACAAGAAUACACCAGCAUGUGCACUUAACUACAGACAGCUUCUUAUUCAUAAGAGUAAAUAAUAUAAAAAAGCUAAAAAAAUACCCCACAUCGUAGUCUCUUCAGAAUCAGCAGAUCCCCAUUUCCAAGGAAUUGUAUAGAAAAUACAUUCUCUGCACAAUUUUAAUCAUUUGAAAAAUAAAAAGGGCUCCCUAGCCUGUAGUUACUCCCCUUUUUAUUUUAAAUGUCUGUUUAGUAAGUUUUUGUGCUGUAUGGGUGGAAAAAAAAAACUACUUAAAGGACCACUAUAGGCACCCAGGUCCCUCUAGUUUUAAACUAGCAGUUUCACAUUUGGGUUAAUCCAGCCUCUAGUGGCUGUCUCAUUGAGGCGCUGUGAUUUUCACAGUGAGAAGACGCUGCCGUCCAUAGGAAAGCAUUAAGAAAUGCUUUCCUAUGGACUGAUUGAAUGCGCGCGGAGGAGAGUCCCUAGCGCCGAGGGAGCCCGGCGCUGGAGAAAGGUAAGCAUUUAACCCCUUCCUCCUCCUAGAGCCCGGCGGGAGGGGGGUCAUGAGGGUGGGGGGGGGGGACCUAUUAACACUAUAGUGCCAGGAAAACAAGUAUGUUUUCCUGGCACUAUAGUGGUCCUUUAAAACAAAUGACUGUAUGUUAAUUAAAGUGGCACUGUCAACCUCUCCUCCCCAACAAAUGAGUAUUUCAUAAAAAUUGAAUCUUUUUGAAAUACCUAUUUUGACUGUGUUGGAAUUUCAUUGAAAUUCCAACCCAGUAAAGAGAUUUACUGAGACAGAGUAGGGUCUACUUUGUCUCUGUAUUUCUCCUCCACCGGACAUUCGUAGAUUAAUAUCUGAGUCUAGUAGUCAAUCCCAACAACCGUCACCAGUGAUGGCUGCAGGGAAUUAACUGUGUCUGUGUGGGAUCCCAGUCUCACGGGAUCCUCCUUAGACCAAUGCUCUAUGCACAUGAGUACAGCAGUGACGUUGGUUCCUGGAGUUGAAGAGGACCAGAGAGGGCAAGAUGGCGGCGUCUGCGACGUACAGGUUCAGGUAACUAAUCUCACCCUUACCUGUCAGGGGAUUUCGUCAAAGUCCCCUGAUGACAGUGCCGCUUUAAAUAAAAGAUGUAAUGUUAAAUUUUGCACCUUACAAUACAAAACAACCACAAACAUAGUAACAAAAUACAAGUCAUACUACAGUAUUAGCAAUACAUAUAAAAAAUAAGGCAUGUUCUCUAACCGCUUAAUAACUGUGUUCCUUAAAAUAAAUAAAAAUUAAAAAUAGUUACAUUUUAAACCUGUGAACAAUAACUGGCAGAUUAACAGCAGUUGUGUAAACUUGCUAAUCCAAGAUAUGUAAGAAAAGGAAAUAUAUAUAUAAAUGUAAACAUUUUUAAUUUAACUUAUCUAGGAUUUAUCACGAGGGUGAAACGCUGCGUGGUGCCUAAUCAGCUGAAAUCUCUCUUUGAAUCAUCCCAUCAAAUUCCCCAAGUGGAGUUCCUCUACUGAGUGCUCAUUAAAUACAGAGGCUUACAGAGAGAUGUAGUCAACAUAAAUAAGUAUAUGUAAUAAAUGCCAUUGCAUAAGAUACAUUUAACUUUGUUUUAAUAAUGAAGUGACUAUUUUCUAUAAGUUAUUUUUUAAAGGUUAACCCAACCACCAUGACUACUUCUCUUGUCUUACCUCCCUCCCGCCAUUCCACUCACACAGAGGGAAGCCCUCCUACCUCUCAAUAGCAUCCGUAAUUUUUUAUUUUUGAAUCCGCGCCCUGCCUCCCUUUCCCACCUCCGAGUGCGCGGAUGCCAAGCCCUUUAAAUUCUCCAAUCAAAAGAUUCUUUAUGAAAAGCCUUUGAUUGGUCCUCGGCACAGAUCCAGUGACGUCAGACGUGGCGUGCCAAGCAGCUUUGCCCGGAGCUGGAUUGAGGCAUGUAAAACUGCUUUUAAAAUGCUCUUUGAACAUUUAUUUGGGGGGGAGGGGAAGCAUAUAGAAUAAUGCCAAUAGGAUAUUUUCUGUAUCUUAACAAUAAUGUUUGCAGAAUUUGAAGAAUCAGUCCCACAGAUGUUCAUGACCUACAGCUCCCAUGGUUCUCUGGCCAUUAUAAAGUUCAAAGCAUUAUGGGUGCUGUAAGCUAUUAACAGCUGGAGGCCAGAGUUGAGAUCUCUCUCUGCUUUUUUCUUUUUUUUUUGCAAACCGUUACAUAUGCACCAAUGUAACUUGAGUAACCAGGGACUCAAGCAGUAACUAUGAAAGAAGAGAAAAUGGUCCAAACCAGGUACACAAUGUGAGAAAUAUCACCAAUAUUCACUAGCUGGGUGGAAAAACCCAACCAAUAUUCUUGCAUUUAGUUUGUUACUUAUUUUUAACACAAAUUACAUUAAGAAAACAACCACCACCACCACUAAUAAGUGUUCUGAUAAUAAAACCACCAUAAACUAUAGAAAUUAGAACAGCUAAACUAGCACUUAUCAAAGCCCCUUAUAUUGUUCUCACCCCAUAGCACAAUAACACUUCUCUUCACCCUAUUAACCCACUCAACCUCAAGCUUUUUCUCAAACUCUAUUGUGUAGAACAGCCCAAGAGGGUUAUACACUAAAGUGAGAAUUGUCUUGGGUUCAAAGUGUAUUUAAUUUACCAAAUAGCCAAACAGGAAGCAUAGCUGAUUUGGAGAUGUUUUCUAAUUCAGCUAUUUUGGCCUUUAGAUUAAAAAUUCCCAACAAUUGUCACUUUACUGAAUAACUCUGCUGGUGUCGGCUUCAGUUUUCUCAAACCGUUUCUGUACUCUACUCAGGUCUGGACGAGGAGUUGAAAAGGAAGCUGCAGUUGAGAAGAGCAAUGGUCGAAUGAUCAUCUCAAAUUUGAGGCAAAUAGUGAGCUUCACAGUGUUGCUAAAUGUUUUGGGCGCAUGCUUUUUAAUUCUGCAUGCACCAUGCAAAAACUAGUUGCAUCCAAACUGUUCUAUUCGAUUAAUAUAAUAUCAAAUAUUAGAAUCUGUAUUGGCUGAUAUCCCAUGAAAGGCGUCCCAGAGUCAUAUCGAGACAGUGCGUGUGAGGAAGUGAUGCACUUUUUAUUCAGAAGAAACAAGUGAAGUGCAUUGUGGGUGAUAAUCCGCAACAAAAUACUGACAACAGAACUCUAGGGGGGAAAAAGUGCUUUAUCGUGAGAAAGCCGCGUCAUUUCACACAGUUCCUUUAGUGAGGAUACAUUACAUUUAAACAAUUAUUUUAAGGCCAAAAACUGCAUCGUUAGCAGAAAGCACUCGCCACCUGUUAUGCUCUGUAUGGAAAUAAAGAAAAGGAUAUCGAGGGUGUUUGCAUUGGAAAUAUUAGUAACAGUCUCGUAAUAGGAGUCCAUUACAUUCAAGCCCCUGUAGAGUAUUUAAAAGCAUAAAUAAAUACUGAUAGAAGCAUGUAGUGAGUAGAUGGUGUCUAGAUCAAUUUGGGUGGUCACUGUCUAAAACCGAGAGUCAGGAAAGACUUGUUGUAGAACUGCUUGUAGUGCUGUUGCGUUUCUGAAGGCUUCUCACGCAACUGGGGACCUGGAGUCCAGUAUACACAGAGAAAUUGCCACACCAAACCUGAGAAGGAAGCAAGGUAUUUUAAAUUGAAUCCCCUAAACGUAUUUGUAGAACGGGAGACAUAUCUUUGUAUUAUGUAUUUUAAAGUCUAAUGAAUGGUUGCUAAAAUUAACACAAAUAAAUACAAGCCUUGAAUUAAUAAAAAAAAAAAAAGUAGCAGUGUCAUACCAUAAAUGCUGGCAGAAGAGGUUGUGUGAACUUUGUCCGAAAGGUGUGCAGCAACUGCUUGUUGGUAGCGUUAUAGAAAGAUAAUAUACCUUAAAAAAAAAAUAAAAAAAAAUUUAAUAAACUGUUAUACAGUGAGGUCAAAAACCAAAAAAAAAGCUUCCUUUUAUCAAAAUGUUACAUGGGCUGAAAAAAGACUUUCGGCCAUCAAGUUCAGCUUUUCUCACAUCAGUUUUUGCUGUUGACCCAAUUGGGGUAAUAAGGGACAUUCACAAGUGUGUGUUAAUCAUAUUAAUAACGAGGAUUAUUUUUAAUGACUCACACAGUCAUCCUAUGUAAUUCUAUGACACUACAUACAUUCUGAUGAUCUUACAUGUAUGACUGAUUUAUCUGUUGGACAUUUGAAUUCAAUUGUUUGUCAUUGAUUUGUAUGAAAUAGAACUUCAAUAAACUACUAUUUGAUAACAAGAAGAUUGCCUCUCACACUUUCUAUUUAGUGACCGGGCAAAAUGUUCACUAGGGAUAAACAAUCAGAUGAAUCUGGC